GCGCAAUGGCGGGAACGGAGGGGACUCUGUUGCGCCAGUUCCCGCUGUUUCUGCCCCAGAACCGGGCGAAAACUGUGUAUGAGGGAUUCAUUUCGGCUCAGGGGAAAGACUUCCACCUUAGAAUAGUGUUGCCUGAAGAUUUACAAGUGAAGAAUGCAAGAUUACUAUGCAGUUGGCAGUUGAAAGCUAUACUUAAUGGAUAUCAUCAAAUAGUCCAACAGAGAAUGCAGCACUCUGCUGAUCUAAUGAGUUUUAUGAUGGAGUUGAAGAUGAUUUUGGAAGUUGCUUUAAGGAAUAGACAAGAGUUAUGUGCACUACCUCCUCCUCCCCAGUUCUAUUCAAGCCUUAUUGAAGAGAUAGGAACUCUUGGUUGGGAUAAACUAGUAUCUGUAGAUAGUUGCUUUAGUACCAUCAAGUUAAAAGCAGAAGAUGCUUCUGGUAGAGAACAUCUAAUCACUGUCAAGUUGAAAGCAAAGUAUCCCGCAGAAUCACCAGAUUGUUUUGUGGAUUUUCCUGUUCCAUUUUCUAUUUCCUGGACACCACAGGGCUCCUUAAUAAGCAUUCAUAGUCAGUUUUUGGCAGCGUUAGAAUCACUGAAGGCAUUCUGGGAUGUUAUGGAUGAAAUUGAUGAGAAGACCUGGGUACUUGAGCCAGAAAAACCUACCCGGAGUGCAACAGCACGCAGAAUUGCAUUAGGAAAUAAUGCUUCCAUAAAUAUAGAAGUGGACCCCAGGCAUCCUACUAUGCUUCCUGAAUGCUGCUUUCUUGGAGCUGACCAUGUGGUAAAACCCCUGGGAAUUAAGCUGAGCAGGAACAUACAUUUGUGGGAUCCAGAAAAUAGUCUAUUACAAAAUCUGAAAGAUGUUUUAGAAAUUGAUUUCCCAGCUCGUGGUAUCCUGGAAAAAUCUGAUUUUACUAUGGAUUGUGGAAUUUGUUAUGCCUAUCAACUUGAUGGUACCAUUCCUGAUCAAGUGUGUGGUAAUCCCCAGUGUGGACAGCCUUUUCAUCAAAUAUGCUUAUAUGAGUGGUUGAGAGGACUACUCACUAGUAGACAGAGUUUUAAUAUCAUCUUUGGUGAAUGUCCAUACUGUAGUAAGCCAAUUACCUUGAAAAUGUCUGGAAGGAAACCCUGAAAUAAGCAUUUCUAUGAAGAAGUAGAAACUUUAUUAAAAGGAUUUUAUUUGAUAUCUUCAGAGAAUACAUAAAGCAAGACAUACUAAUAUCAAAAGGAAAACUAUGAUGAAGCCAUAAUAAUAUACAUCUGCCUUUGCCUCUUCACUAAGAGUAAACUGGGAAAUUGUAGGCCAGAGUCCUGUAGAACUUUCUAAGUCUGUGACCCCUGUACCAAUUGGGGAAGUAUGUGUGUACCAAGGAGGAGACCUUGACUUGCUGAUUACAUCUGAAUUGGUAAAAUCUUGAUAGGGCUCAUAAAAUGAAUUUGGGAAUUGCACAUAGCUAGAUUUUUGGGGAAAACUGUUUAUUUCAUUCAGAAGUUCUGAAGACUCACAAUAUUUUUGUCUUCUCUUUCUGCCUUCCUAUGGAAAAAAAUACAUAUAUAGUUUGUUAGAUUUUUUUUGUCUUUUGAAUAUUCUGUAUGAAUGCUAAAUAAAAUUUAAU